AUGUGUCCACCAGGUGGCAGCCCACUCAAGCCACAGAUCCAGGUAGUUGAGAAGUUUAAAAUCCCUGCCGACCAGGUGCUGAAAUUCAAGUGGGAGAUGUGGAGGAGAGAGAGCUCUUGUUCUACACAACAACAAAAAGAGAGCUGUAUUAAACCAAUUUCCUUAUCUUUACAGGCAGGAGAUGAUGAUUUAGCAACUGAUCAGAAUGGGAUGAAUAUUGCCAGUGAAAUAGACUACUUGGACACAUGGGAGGCCAUGGAGGAUCUGUUGAGUGAGGGACUGGUGAAAGCUAUAGGGGUUUCAAAUUUCAACCAUGAAGAAAUUGAGAGACUUUUGAACAAGCCUGAUUUACAAUACAAGGCAACAAAUAACCAGGUUUUGAUUCAAUUUCAGAUACAGAGAAAUGUGGCCAUCAUCCCUACGUCUGUCACACCAAGUCGAAUAAAAGAGAACUUCCAGGUGUUUGAUUUUGAACUCACAAAAGAAGACAUGGAUGUCCUCCUUAGCCUGAAUAAGAAUCUUCAGUUGGCUGCAUUUCCUAUAGUGCUAAAAAUCAAAGACUUUCCUUUCCAUAUCGAAUACGAGGAUGAUCUGGACUGGCCUUCAUGCUCUGCCCUUCCCUUCUUAGUACAAAGACAUCACUCUUAACCUCUAGAAAA